AUGGCCAGCUACUCCAAGGACAAAAAAGUCGGUGAGGGAACAUAUGCUGUCGUCUAUGUCGGUAAGCAGAUUUCCACUGGGCGGCAGAUUGCCAUCAAAGAAAUCAAGACCGGCUUGUUCAAAGAUGGUUUAGACAUGUCAGCCAUACGAGAAGUCAAGUAUUUGCAAGAGCUUCGGCACCGCAACGUGAUCGAGCUCAUGGACGUGUUUAUGUCUGCAGACAAUAACUUGAAUUUGGUGUUGGAGUUUUUGCCCUGUGAUUUGGAAGUGUUGAUCAAGGACCAGAAGGUGGUGUUCAAGAGUUCUGAUAUCAAAGCAUGGCUACUCAUGACUUUGCGAGGCAUCCACCAUUGCCACCGCAAUUUUAUCUUGCACCGUGAUUUGAAACCCAGCAACUUGCUUCUCGCACCUGAUGGUCAACUCAAAAUCGCCGAUUUUGGUCUCGCUCGAGCUUUUGGAAAUGCUCUGGACGCAUUCACACCUAAGGUCGUUACCCGGUGGUAUCGUGCCCCUGAGUUGCUCUUUGGCGCUCGCCAUUAUACGGGAGCAGUGGAUAUUUGGGCCGUGGGGAUCAUAUUUGCUGAGUUAAUGUUGCGUACACCGUAUUUGCCAGGCGCUGAUGAUGUGGAUCAGUUGGAUGUUACAUUUAAGGCUUUAGGCACUCCUACAGAGCAAAUCUGGCCCAAUGUGUCCAAUUUACCCAUGUAUGAUGCUUUGCAUGUCUAUCCGCCUCCUCUGCGACAAGAACUCAGGAACCGAUUCAGUGCAGCGACGGAACGGGCGCUAGAUUUGAUGAUUUCUAUGACCCAGCUCGAUCCAGCUCGCCGCUGUGAUCUGGAACAGGCGUUGACUCAUGAUUUCUUCACGGAAGCACCACCACCGACUAGGCCAGAAGAUUUGCCAACGAAAAGCCCGGAGCCAGAAGAAAAAAAGAGGCGCUUGGAGUAA